AAAAUGGAUGGAGGCAAUCAGUCUGUUGUGUCAGAAUUUAUACUCUGGGGACUUACCAACUCAAAGAAUAUUCAGGUCUUACUCUUUGUGAUGUUUUCAAUGCUUUAUCUUCUCAUUGUUUCUGGAAAUAUUAUCAUCCUGAUCUUAAUAACCACUGAUCCUAAUCUCCAUUCUCCUAUGUACUUCUUGUUGGCCAACUUGUCCUUUGUUGAUAUGUGGCUUUCCUCAGUUACCACUCCUAAGAUGAUCACAGACUUUCUCAGGGAAAACAAGACCAUUUCCUUUGCAGGCUGCAUGUCUCAAGUCUUCUUUGCCCAUUGCAUUGCUGCAGGAGAGAUGGUGCUGUUGGUGGUAAUGGCUUAUGACCGCUACGUGGCCAUCUGCAAACCACUCCACUACUUUACCAUCAUGAACCUGAAAAGAUGCACUGGGUUGGUAUUGACUUCAUGGACGACUGGAUUUGUACAUGCCAUGAGCCACCUGGUGGUCAUUGUCCAGCUGCCCUUUUGUGGACCUAAGGAAAUAGAUAGUUUUUUCUGUGACAUGCCAUUGGUAAUCAAGCUAGCUUGCAUGGAUUCCGGUGAUUUGGAUGUUCUAAUGAAUGCUGACUGUGGGGUUGUGGCUGUAACCUGCUUUAUUCUGUUGCUUAUUUCUUACACAUACGUCCUUGUCACUGUUCGCCAGAGCUCUGGAGCUGGUGCCUCUAAGGCCCUGUCCACGUGCACUGCCCACAUCACAGUGGUGAUGAUCUUUUUUGCACCUUGCAUCUUUAUUUAUGUGUGGCCUCUCAAUAUCACCUGGUUGGAUAAAUUUCUUGCUGUAUUUUACUCUGUUUUUACACCUCUCCUAAAUCCAGCUAUUUAUACAUUAAGAAAUAAAGAGAUGAAAAAUGCUAUGAAAAGAUUUGUAAACAACUACCUGAAUCCCAAAGUAAAUUUCUAAUAUCCAGAAACCUGUACUAAUUACUUCACAUUGUGAAACCCACUGUUUGAAAUUGAUUUUAAUUCUGAAAAUAUAGUUUAUAUUCAAAAUUCACAC